AGGUUCGCUGUUCCCGUUUACGAUCAUUUGUGUAUGUGAGUCGAUCCACAAGUUGUACCGAUCGUGUCUCCGUCGUAGAAACGUGGAAGUGGUAAUCUGCAAUUUACAUAAAUAACGUGCCGUGGGAUUCAGGAAAGUUUGGAUUAUAUCUGAAAGACAUUCGGAAUAGACACAUCGUUGUCUCAUCUGUCACGGAGUUUGAAUUGUCGCCUCGACUUUCACAGGUGGUGAUUGCAGGCCUGACCUGGCCUGGCAGUAGCAUGGACACCCAGCUAUAGUGGACCCUGUUUAUACUGGACAUUGGGUGUGGUCAAGUCAGGGGGAUGGGGAGAAACUUGCAGCUACUUGUCAUCAUCGUCGUGAUCAACUGUCAGCUGACAGCUGCUGUGCCAGGUUCUUUCUUUGGUGGUCGCCUCCCACCACGGACGGAAUGGAAGACCACGUACGCAUGUGAGAACGGCAAGCUGCAUGUUGUGUGCGAAGAGAACGAGGUCAUCCGCAUCAUGCUGGCCAACUACGGCCGCUACAGCAUCUCCGUCUGCAACAAGUUCGGCAUUACAGAAGGCUGGAACGUUCAGUGCAUCUCCGUUCUGUCAUUCAGGGUUGUGUCAGAGAGGUGUGAUGGGAGACAGGAGUGUGAAAUGAUGGCCAAUAAUCAUGUUUUCGGGGACCCAUGCCCUGAUACUAGUAAAUACGCAGAGGUGAAAUACUACUGUCAACCAGUUGAUACUCCAAAAAACCCCUUCUCCUCCUACGUCUGCAACAACAUCUACUACAACGCAAAGUACAAUACCCACAGAGCCCAGCACGACUACCACAACAACAACUACUACUACUACCACCCCCAUCCCCACAACAACCACUCCAACGACAACUCCAUCCACUACCCCUACUCCUACUACUACCCACCUCCCACCCCCCAUGUCCUCUAUCUCCUCUACCUCUCCUCCAGAAAUAACACCAGAAAGCCAACACUGCCACCUGCUGAGAUUAGUAGUGGAAGGGAGACAACUCCACAUCCUCGACCUCCAACCACACACCGUCCAUACAAUAUUCGUGUGUGCAAGACCUUCCAAGGCGUUGCGUCGUCCCAGGAGGUGAUGACAAAGUUGAAAGACGUGUCGGCACAUGAGAUCAACGCUGGCGAUCUGAAACGCACGACCCAGAAACUGCUGCCGAGGCUGAACCAGGCUUUGAGAAUGGAGAUGGAAGCUGCCCAGGAUGUGCCAGUCGCCAUUCGCAGGAAGAAGAUUGAGAAGUUUACUGAGUCGUUUGUGAACACAAGUAGUAACCUGUUGUCACAGAAACAGAAGAAGUCAUGGGACCUGCUGCCAACGUCACAGUCUCAAGAGGCAGCGACGUCUUUGAUCAUCAGCGUUGAGAAGUCUGCCUUCCAAGUAGCAGAGGUCAUGGAGGUCAACGAUGCCAACACCAUGGUCAGCGAGAAUCUCGUGCUGGAGGUUAACGUGAAGAAUGUCCUUGGUGGCAUUGAACCCAUGACCUUCCCAUCUGAAAAGGUCAAGGAGGAGGCAUCAUGGAAUAAGAGAUCGAACCAUAUCUCAAUCCCCGCUCGAAGCCUUGUCAAUGCUGCCAAAAAAGGUGUUGUGACUGUUGUUUUCGUUGUUUACAACAACCUGGAGCAGUUCAUGCAGCCGAAGAUGCUGUCAGAGAAUCAGCCGGAGGGGCAGAAGGAUGUCGAGGGUCGAAGCACCUCCGAGAUGUCCAAUGAGAUCAUCGUUAAUUCCCCGAAGGAGGAAGAGAAAGAGGAGAAGAAGGAGAAGGUCGUCAAUUCCAACAUCAUCUCAGCUUCCAUCAACAACAGGGAGGAGAUCGAGUUGUUCGAACCAGUGGAAUACACUAUGCAACAUUUGAGUCCUGAAGUGAAAUCCAACCCCCUGUGUUCCUACUGGAAGAUGGAUGAGAGUCAAAAGCGAGGCCAGUGGUCUCAAGAUGGCUGCAGUAUGAUCCAGACAAACAGCACCCAUACAACCUGCAAGUGCAACCACUUGACCAACUUCGCAGUCCUCAUGGACAUCACUGGCACCAAGCUGUCACCAGGUCAUGCCCUGUCUCUGCGCAUCAUCACCCUCGUGGGCUGCAUCAUCUCCAUCAUCUGCCUCCUCUUCACCUGGAUCACCUUCGUUGCCUUCAAGAACCUACAGUGUGACCGAACCACCAUCCACAAGCACUUGGUAUACAGCCUCAUGUUGGCGGAGAUUAUAUUCGUGGUCGGAAUCGAUCAAACAGAACUAAAGAUCUUGUGUUCCAUCAUCGCUGGACUGCUCCACUUCUUCUUCCUGGUGGCCUUUGCCUGGAUGUGUCUGGAAGGUGUCCAGCUGUACGUCAUGCUCAUCGAGGUGUUCGAGACGGAGAGGUCCAGACUGAAGUGGUACUACCUCUGUGGCUACGGUGUCCCCCUCAUGAUAGUUGCAAUCUCUGCGGCUGUCUACCACCAGGGUUACGGAACCAAAACUCAUUGUUGGAUAAACACCCAAAACCACUUCAUCUGGAGCUUUGUGGGGCCAGCUUUGUUUGUCAUGACAGUAAAUGUGGCCAUGCUGAGUAUUGCUAUAUACAUGAUGUGCAAGCAUGCCAAUACCCAACUCCCUGAAAGAGAAGUCCAAACUGCAGAAACUCAGGUGGAGGGAUUGGAUCUCUUGGUUAGUGAGAGUGACAUUGCCUCUAUUACUGGUAGACCACAGCGCCUACCCAAAGUGUUGAAGGAGCUUCCGGCUUGGAUGAAAGGUUCGCUGGUGCUGGUGGUGCUGCUGGGAUUGACCUGGAGCUUUGGUAUUUUGUUCCUCAAUCAGGAGUCUGUUGCCAUGGCGUAUAUCUUCACGAUCCUCAACUCCUUGCAGGGAGCCUUUAUCUUCAUCUUCCACUGCAUCAUGAAUGAGAAGGUUCAGAAGGAAUACCGCAAGAUAGCCCGCCGGACAACAUGGCUGCCAAAAUGUAUCCGAGUCAAUUUUGGCGGUUACAACGGACACUUAUCAAGCUCCCCGAAUCAGUCAUCUGGAUCCGGACACAAUUACUUUUCGCGGCUGUUUCCAGGCCGACGUCGCAACCGAUCACCAUCGGCUUCUACCAACAGUUCCACCAAGCCAUUCCUCAGCUCCAAAGGACAUCGCCAAAGUCUGUCUGUCAGUUCCCACAGCCGAGAAAGCAGCUUGUACCCAUCCACCAUCAAUGGCUAUGUCUACACUGCCAACAACAACGACCCACACAAAUCACCCACGAUUAAUGGGAACGGAUUCACACCCUUGUCGCCCUGCUUUGAAAAUGGCGGGAUUGCUGGUGACCUCUCGGAAGUCAUUGAUUGCUCUGUGAUCGACAGCGAGGCUGUGACCGAGUACUGCCACAACAAUCUUCAAGUCUGUGAAGAAAAGAAGCGAUAUUCUUCAGGCUCAGAAGAUUUCAAACCAGUUGAGGAAAUCGAACAUGACCGACUCUCAGCUCUUUCUUACAAUUCCGUAGCCAAGAAUCGCGAUUCAUUCAUCUCUGAUACCGAUGAUGAUGGGAACAGUGUGACUGGAUUCAAAGAAGGAGAUAUGGAGAGGAAUCUAAUCAAUAAGCUUAUGGUACCAGGAUCUGGAAGGAAGGGUGUUACCAAAGUGAGAAAACAGUCUCCAUCAUUGGGCAGUAUCAACGAUCGUAAGGGGGAUCCAGAACACGAGAAAGUCAAUACUAGCACGCCGAAUCUCAAGUAUAAAGACUCUAAGGGUAAAACAGAUGUGGCAAAAGACUCUAACAGUGUUGUACAACACAGCAUGCCAGAUCUAAGUUCAAAAACUGGAGGAGAAUCGACUAUCCCUAAUGGACAAGAGCAACCGUUAACCUUCGUGAAUACGAAGUCAAAGGUCAAACGGCUCAGUUCAGAUAUUCAAAUACGAUUUGAUCCCCACCGAUUUGACCUAUCAUCAACAGAUUGUUGAAAUAUUCAGUUCAAACUUUCAACUUUGGAAAAAGCUUAAAUUGCUGAAUUUUCUCCCUUGAUGGAAAAAAGUAUUUUUCUAAUGGUUUUGAGAAACUUGUUACACAUUUACAGAUUGUAAAGUUUUAUUUCCAAAAUCUUCCACCUUGCCAAUAGAUUUAAUAUUACAUAGUUAUUACAUGUAAUGACAAUAUCUCUGUGUUAUAAACAUGACCAGGUAGAUUGUUACAGCACAGCUUCAUUAUUUACAGUAUUAACUGUUCAUCUUCUUGAAUCAAAGCUCUGGUACACUUAAAACGUAACCGUAGAAAUGAAUACAAACAUGAAUUACACUAAUGUUUGUAUUAUUCAGUAGAUAAUCAAGCAAGAAUGUGUGCCUUAAGAUAUAAUUUGAGUUCAUGUUGCUGAAGUAGAUAUAAUUAUCCAAUGUAAAAUCACAGUAUGUAUUCACGUUUGCAUUUCCAAAGAUAUGAACAUAUCAUGGUUGUUUUCAUGUUGGUAAUUGUGAACUGUUUAUGAAACGUUUUUCAGUAAAAGAGUGUCAAUUACAUUGAAAUUGACGGUGAUAUUCCUAUUUAAAAUGUUGUGAAUAUGAGUUUAGUUAAUGUUUGUGAAUGAUAUGAUCAUUCUGAUUUACUGAAAACUGUUUUGUAAUGUGUGCCAUCGUGUUCCUAGAACAAUGUAUGGCAGCUGUGUUUUUACAUCACAUCUUUUAGUUGUUACUGUCAUAUCCAUUUUCACCACUUUGUUACUUUGUACAACCUUAGUUUUUGCUUUUUCUUGCUUUUUGCAAUGACUUUUCAAACUGCAUUCGUCUAUGUAUCUUAAGAACAGAAGACUGCAGGUAUAAAUGAUCAGGUCAGGACCAGAUUCAGAAUGCUUUGGCAUUAAAAACAAACCUAAAGCAGUUCAUGCAAUUUUGGAUCAUUAAUUUGUUUUUUAAUUUCAAUUAUUAAUGAUUUUCAGUUAAUGUGAAUGGUUUCUUAAUGAGGAAGUCCUUAUUGUAUGUCCAUGAUUGCAAAUAUCUUUUCACAACCAUAUCCUCGAUGUACUUAAAAAGCAGAUGGUUGCAUGGUUGCAUGAUGUAUUCAUUAGUUCUGCAGUGGUUUAAACAUUUUUUGUUUUUUUGUAAAACUAUGUGUAAUGUUCAUCAAGAUAUGAUAAUCAGGGCUCCAGAUAAGG